AUGAGCGACGCUACGAACAACGCAGUUUUGGUAAGAAAUUUGUCCCCCGAGGUGACUAAACAGACUCUCUUGGACUUUUUCUCGUUCUGUGGCGAAAUCUCCGCGGUGAAAAUUCGUCCAUCCGUAGGGGAGGGGGGUUCUUCCAGCUCUGGGAGCCCAACGGAAGCGAUGGAGGCCCUGGUGAUUUUUGAAAACCAGUCAGCGAAGAAAACCGCUCUAGUCCUGGAUUCUGCUACUCUUAAGAAGCGAAAGAUUAGUGUUAUGGAUGCAACCGAGGAGCUCGUCUCCUCUUUUAAAGACGUCCGGGAAGUGGACCUCGCGAGGGACAGCACCGACGUUCCAGAGACUGCUACCGCUCGCCAGGAACGGCUGCAGGGCCUCCGCGAAGAGUUCGACCGCGCCAUCAAACGCGCUUCCGACAAGCUCAGCGAUUUCAAUGAAAAGCACCGAAUAACGGAAAAGGUCCAGGAGUUUGGCGACUUGACCAAACGCAAAACGCAGGAGAUCAAUGAACAGUACCGUCUAACGGAGCGAGCUCGCGAAGGCUGGCAGACCGUGCGUGAGAAAACACGCGAAUUGGAUGAGCGCUUGCAUCUCAGCGAAAGUGCUCGGGACGGAUGGAGAUCGUUGAAAGCAUCUGUGAGUAAGAUUAUGCAGAAAGAUCGCGGCGGAGAGGUUGAUAAAGCGUAG